AUGAUGAAGACCACCGCCGCCGCCGCCGCGCCCAUAAGGCACCGCGACAGCGAGCGCCCGCCCCCUUCCGGCAGCGGCGCGGAGACGCUUGGGAAGUGUAGUGCUACGCGCAGUGGGGUCUGUCCUGACCCGCAGUGGGGUACAGACGAUGUCUUUGGCCGGUCGGGGAAAAACAAAACUAUGGAACGUUUGGACGGUUUUUUGGAGGGAAAGUCCUCACGGAGCCGGGCAGGUCCUCCAAGCGCCAGAGCGGCGGCCGAGCGGAGCCCCUCUGUCCGCUACGCUCUAUGGUACCGAGGUGCUUCCGGGCCGCGCUGGCCGGGCAUGGCGGUGACCAGGCAGCAUCCCGGGUGCCCCGUGGGGCCGGGGCCAGGGUCAGGGUGCGGGGAGGAGCCUUUCAACCCCUCGGUGCUGGGCACCAGAGAGCACUGGGAUGCUGCAUAUGAAAGAGAACUGCAGACUUUUCAAGAUAUUGGAGAUGCUGGGGAAAUUUGGUUUGGAGAAGAAAGCAUGACACGCAUAAUCAGAUGGCUGGAAAAACAAAAGGUCCCCCUUGACAGUUCUGUGCUUGACAUUGGAACUGGAAAUGGUGUUUUACUGGUUGAAUUGGCAAGGUCUGGCUACACUAAUCUCACAGGAAUUGAUUAUUCUCCUUCUGCAAUACAACUUUCAGAAAAAGUAAGAGAGAAGGAAGGGAUGUCUCACAUUAAAUUAAAGGUAGAAGACUUCCUGGCUCCAUCAGCUGAGCUGUCAGGAUUUGAGAUUUGCAUUGACAAGGGGACGUAUGAUGCCAUAAGCCUCAAUCCUGAUAAUGCGGUGGGGAAGAGGAAGCAGUAUGUGAGAUCUCUCUGCAGUGUAUUGAAACCAGAGGGCUUUUUCCUCAUAACAUCUUGCAACUGGACCAAGGAGGAGCUGCUGAACGAGUUCAGAGAAGGAUUUGAAAUUUUGGAGGAGCUGCCAACACCCAAGUUUUGCUUUGGAGGAAGAAUUGGGAACAGUGUAACAGCAUUGGUUUUCCAAAGGAAAAAAGUGAGCCCAUCCAUCUUGGAUAAAUUAGAUUAGUUGAGAAGAGAGUGAACUUUAAACCUGACAGAAAACCUCAGACAUGUAUGUAAAUAAAUGCUUUUUGAGUACACAGUAAAAUACCAUCUAUGGGACUCCAAGGGACUAUAAACCAUUGCCCUAGAAACAUUUCAGCUUUGCAUAACUUGCCUGUAAAUUUUGUCCUUGCUACAACCUCACUUGUUUUAGGGAACUUCAAGUUUGUAAGUGAAAGAGAAAUAGGACAUUCUAAAUAGAGAGGCUAAUGUAGCUAAGUGAUGUUUGCAUUUGGAACAUAAAUAUUAUCUGGUAUUUCAUUUCUGUGUGGGUAAUCAGUGACCAGUAGAAGUGAAGACAAAGCAAAAGUCUCAUGUGUCUGGUGUGGUGUGAGAGGGAACAAGCUUUUGCAAUUUAAGUGCUUAAAUCUCACUGUUUUCUUCUUUGGUGAACGUCUGUAUAGCUGUUAGGAGGGAAAUUAAUCUAAAAGCCACAGCACUUAAAAAAAAAAGGUAAAAGAAAAAAGAAAGAAAAGAUCAGUUAGUGCUUUACAGUCAGAUUUUCAGAGGUUCUCAGACUCAGCAUAGCUCUGUCUCCACUGAAAUAGCCCAACGCUUUUCUCACAGAGGGAGUGUUUUCAGACUCUCUUGCCUGAAUGUGUGCAUGUAUGGUCAGUUGUUUUCCCUGAUCUCAUAAGUACAUGAAAGUGUGAUGUUACUGGCACGGGACAUUUGCCUCC